GCUAUCGCGAGAAAUGAAGUCUUGAUCAACACUAUUUAAUUUUGGAAAAGGCAUACUCAGCCUCUCACGAAACUUUACGGCUAUUAUAUGGAUCGAUCUACACUGGUUACAAAACUUGAGGUUAUGUCCUAGAUUAAAUUAUUGUCGUCCAAUAAUACUUACUUUUGUACUGGCGUCGAGAGUAGGAAAGACUGCUCGUUUUAGUAGUGCAAGCCGUAAUCUUUAUUAUAAUCCUUAUUGCAGAACAGUCAGAUAGAUAUGCACAGAAAGAUAAUGAUCGAGAAAGAAGAGGUAAUUUAUGGGUGCAAAUCGCGAAGACGCAAGACCCGAGCGAUCAGCGGGGCAUGCACACUAAACGCUCAAAAAAAUUACCGGGACUAAAGCCACUCUAGAGGAAUUGAAAUUAAAUAAUUACUAUUUUCUUUUAUUUAUUAUCAAAACCAUAACAAUACUAAUAUAAUUUGUAUACUACAUAAUAACUAAUAAAAUUCAAAAAACCCCGCACACAUCUGGAAAAGUGUUCCCGGUCAAAUUGGCUGAAAGUGAGAUAUAGGGUGCGUUUCGAUAUUCACUGGCAGUACUGAUGCUGUGACGUCAUGAAGUAGAACUGCAAGAUCGUUCCAAUAUUACUGCUGUUACUUUUAUACUGUAAUAACGGAACGAUAUACGCAGUGCUGUGGUCAGCUGUAGUUGGUUGUAGUACACAAAAAUGGAUCGAAAAAUUUUGUUAUUAUCAGAAUUUUCAAAAUAUUUGGUGGAAUCUUCAGAAGAUGAGUCGUCAGAUGAUGAAGAUUUAUUGUUAUUAAUUCUUUAUAAACCAAAUGUAAUAUCGCAUGCUCGUUGCGAAAAUUAUGUUGAAAACGUCGUAGCCAAAUAUACAAACGAAGAGUUUCAAAUGCAUUUUCGAAUGAAGCGGCAUACUUUCCAUUUUUUAUUGGAAUUAUUAAGAGAGCAACUGAGUAAACAAAGUGAAAAAUUCGGCAGACAACCAAUUACACCUGAAAAACAAUUACUGAUUGCGAUAUGGAUGUUGGCUACACCAAAUUCUUAUAGAUGUGUUGCAGACAGGUUUAAUGUUGGAAAAGGCACUGCAUGGAGAAGUGUGCGAAGAGUUGUUAACGCAUUAUAUGCAAAAGUUGGAACAUUUAUUAAAUGGCCGAGUAGAGAAGAAGCUAUACAAACAAUGGAAAUUAUAGAACAUCGUUACGGUUUUCCAGGUGUAAUUGGUGCAGUAGAUGGCACAUACAUAAAAAUUACUGCGCCAAAAUGUAACAGUGAAUCAUACGUGAAUAGAAAGGGAUUCCAUUCUAUUCAAUUACAAGUUAUUUGUGAUGAACAACUAUGUUUUAUUCAUUGUUACACGGGACAAGUGGGAUCCGUGCACGACAUGCGUGUUUUUCGAUUGUCAAAUGUCGAAAGCAUGUUUAGAAAUGAAAAUUUUCCUAAUGACAGUCACUUACUAGGUGAUGCAGCAUAUUGUCUUUCUAAAUAUGUUAUGGUUCCAUUCAAAGACAACGGUCACUUAACUGAAAGACAAAUUAAUUUUAAUAAACGUUUGUCUGCUGCAAGAAUGAUUGUAGAACGAUCAUUAGCUUUGUUAAAAGGUCGAUUUCGGAGUAUUUUGGAUAUUCUUCCUAUGCAAAGAACAGAUUUAAUCCCGAAAUACAUUGUAGCUUGUUGUAUUCUCCACAAUAUCUGUUUAUUAAAAAAUGAUUUUGUAGAUAUUCCCAUUAUUAUUAAUGAACAAAACGUUGCACAACCAGAGUUAGCAAACGAUGAUGGGCAAAGAGAAGGCCAGGAUAAGAGAAACGCUAUUAUGUAUUUAUUACAAAAUAAUUGUCAAUCAAAAAUAUAAAGAAAAAUUAUUUAUUUUUGUA